AUGUAUCUCAGUAAGUGGUCCAAUAUUAGGGAUAAUUGGGUUCGUUCAUACAAACAAUUUAAAAGAAAUGAACGAUCUGGAUCUGGUGCAAAUAAAUCCAAAAAAUAUAUAUUUCACAAACAGUUAAAGUUUUUAGAAAAAGUAGUCGACCAAAGAACUACAAUUUCCAGUUUGUCAAAAGAUAAUGCUAACUCUGAAGAGGACAAUGACCACCGCAGUAUAAUUAACGAAUGUUGUGAUGCUAUAGAAAAUGAAAAUACGGCUGAAGCAACUGUUUCAAAAUCUGUGAUGUCUUCAAAAACCACAUUGCCAAAAGGAAAAAAGGAAAAACAGAUGAUUUUGAAGCAGAAUCUUAAAUAUUAUUGA